CUCGAGGACGCCAGUCAACGCCGGGCGUUCCAAGCGUACAGUCGCGGAUAUUUUCGUCGUCGUCGAUCGACGAUCGCGCGCGUGUUCGACACGCUGGGACUCGUGGUUGUUCCUCAUCGAUCCAGAUCGAAAUCGACUGAUCUAGGAUGCGCUCGAGGGACGUAAUAUUUUAUAAAAUCCUCGCCUAAUCGACCACGCGUGUAUCGUUGUCCUAUCGAAAAAGUGGAACGUGCGUAAGUUUGUUUACCCUGUGAUCGGUUGGGAUGGAAGGUCGUCCGGAUACCGCUUACGGAGAACGUUUCCGAUGCGCCAAGCUCGACGACUCGUUCGAACGCUCAAACGGGCAGCGUGCGUGCGUGGAUAAACAUUGGUGUAUCUCGAGAGCAUCGUUUCGCGAACGGAAGGCCAAUCUUGAUCGUUUCUUGAAAGAAACCAGAGACGCCGGUGGUGUGUCUGUUCAUUGCGGAUGCGGUUCUUACGCGAAUCGUGAUUGUGCUAACGAUUUCGGCAAGCUGCAGCCCGGAAUUAGGCUAAUGGUUAGAGAAAGCAGGGGAACCAGGUUCAAUUUUGUGCCCAGGAUGAUGGCUGUCUUUAUGGUUGCCUUCGUCAUGCUGCUCGACACUCGGCAAGCUUCCGCAGCUUUCACCACCGUUACCACCGUCCCAGAUCCUGAAUUCGUCGAAGAAAUAGGGAAUAUCACAGUUCCAGCAGGACGUAACGUUAAAUUAUCCUGCAGUGUCAAGGAUCUAGGACAAUAUAAGGUGGCCUGGAUGCUUUUCGAGAAGAGCGCUAUCCUGACAGUACAACAUCACGUUAUUACCAGGAACCCCAGGAUAUCCGUGUCGCAUGAUAAGCAUAGGACCUGGUCCCUACAUAUCAAAGAUGUUCAGGAGGACGACGAGGGAAGGUACAUGUGCCAGAUUAACACAGCGACUGCGAAAACACAAUAUGGUUAUCUGCAUGUCGUUGUGCCUCCGAAUAUAGAAGAUUAUCAGACAUCCUCGGACGCCAUCGUUAGAGAAGGCUCCAAUGUGACUCUAACGUGCAAGGCGACCGGAAGUCCCACGCCGACCAUAAGCUGGAAAAGAGACGACAAUCAGCAGAUUUCAAUUAACAAGACUCUCUCUGUUCCCGAAUGGAAAGGUGAGACAUUGGAAAUUACUCGGAUCUCCAGGCUGGACAUGGGUGCCUAUUUAUGCAUCGCGACGAAUAGCGUGCCUCCGACGGUCAGCAAACAGAUCAAAGUCUCCGUUGACUUUCCCCCUAUGCUCUGGAUACCGCAUCAAUUGGUCGGCGCACCCUUGGGUUACGCCGUCACGUUGGAAUGCCACACCGAGGCCCAUCCGACUUCUUUGAAUUACUGGACCAGAGAAGAUGGCGUGAUGAUUCAUGAAAGUAGCAAGUAUAAAGCUACCUCAACACCGGAGAAACCUUCUUAUAAAACGCACAUGACCCUCACUAUAUACGAUCUCCAGGAAGAAGACUACGGAAGCUACAAAUGUGUAGCUAAAAAUCCCCGUGGUGAGACUGAUGGCACCAUCCGCUUAUACAAGUCCACGCCGCCGAGCACCAGCCCCAGUCCGUCCACCACCGAAAUGCCGAAGAAAGAUUGGGAGCUGAUAGCCGAAAUGAAUAACUCCGUUUACGGGAAUCCGAGCUCGCUCACGAUUCACAACGAGAAAGGCAUGAAAUCAGGUAAUAAAUUUCAGUCGAACCUUAGCGAGAUCGGGAAGUCCGAACAGAAAUCGAGCGAUCCGGAUAGGAAGAGGAAUUACAAUUGGACUCCAGACAGCGGUGAGCUCAGCUACGUGUCACCAUAAGAUUCAGCAGCGAGCAUCACGACCACAGGAAUGCUUCUAAUGAUCGUUCUGAUAGUUACAUCCGUCAUUCGAUAAAUGGACGCCUUCUAAUUGAUCAUCUGUAAUUAUUGACUCGAUUUAUAGGGAAAAUGACUAGACACGAAUACACAGGUACACUUAACACAGACACUAUGAAAGAUUGACUGAGUAGUUAGCGUGGAAGGGGAAUAAAUAAUAAUAAGGUUAAUAAUAAUUACGCGUGCCAAGUCAGUGUAGCGCAGUGUACAAGACGACGAACGAAUAGAAAAUGAAUUUCUACAGUGUAUGCACGAGUUAAAUGACCGGAGGAUCAGAGGGAGGGUAAAUCACAAAGUGCAACGACUAUCGCUUUCAGUGUAAAAUAUUGUAUAACGCCGUAAUUUCGCCGCAGAAACUGCGCCAGCGGUCUCGAAUUUUCCAAGUAAUUUUCAUUUCGAUCCUUCAAUUUUCAGGGGACGAUAAAAACAGCGAUGCAAGCGUGAA